AUGGUGCCAUCCGAAGAACGUCCGAUAUUUGUGGCUACACAUCCUCGAAGCUGCAGUACAGCUUUCGAAAGGGUGUUUAUGACCAGGGAGAAGGAAUUAUGUUGCCUUCAUGAGCCAUUUGGCGACGCAUUCUAUUAUGGGCCCGAACGACUAUCCUCUCGAUAUGAAGGCGACCAUAACGAUGCCAUUGACGACAGAGAGAACAGCGGUUUCCAUGAAGCUACCUACAACUCUGUUUUAGAAGAGAUUGAAAGAAGCGGGAAAGAGGAGAAACGAGUAUUCAUCAAAGACAUGGCAUGCUACCUCGUUCCACCUUCGGACCAUCCAACUUUCGAUAAAGCAAUUUUAGCUCCAUCCGUCACUCCCUCGGCCACAUACAAUGGAAACGGUGUAUCGACACCCGCCAAGAACCCGACUGUUCUACCACUCUCCAUCCUAAAAAGGUUUCAAUUCGCAUUUUUGAUUCGAAAUCCUCGAAAAGCCGUCCCAUCAUACUAUCGAUGCUGCAUCCCACCGCUGAACGAGAUGACCGGGUUUAAAUACUUCAUGCCGAACGAAGCCGGAUACAGAGAAUUAAGAGUCCUAUUCGAGUAUUUACUCAAAGAAAGGGUGAUCAAACACCCUUCCUCGCAGGCGGCGAACGGAGAAACAAAUGGAGAACAUUCGGUCUAUAACAACGUCUGCGUGAUCGAUGCAGAUGAUUUACUAGACAACCCCAAGGGGAUUAUAGAGAAGUUUUGCGAAAUGACCGGGUUGGAGUUUGAUGAAAAGAUGUUGGAAUGGGGUGCUCAUGAAGGAUGUGAAAAUUUUGAUAAAUGGAAAGGGUUUCAUGAGGAUGCUAUUGGGAGCUCGGGAUUGAGGCCAAGAACAAAAAAGAAAUUCAGGACCACAGAAGAAGAAAUGCAGGAAUGGUUAGAGAAGUAUGGUGAAGAAGCCGCGGCGGUUAUUGAUAGGACGGCAGAUGAGAAUAUGGAGGAUUAUGAAUUUUUGAGGCGGUUUAGAGUUGUAGUAUAA